GUUUAUCUGCAGCAGCCAGACAGUCAGAGAAAAACAGGGAGUGCUGCUUGUAAAAAAGUGUUUUUUCGGUGAAAAAUCUUGGAAAUUUUGUGGAAAAAUCGUUCAAAAUGUUGUAAAUUCUGUGUGAAAAGUGUUGGUGCAUGAUUGUGCGUUAAAAUUGCGUUCAAAAAUGAGUGAAAAUGUGGAUUAUUUGUAAAAUUGUGGCCCUUCGGAAGAAAGAAUGAUGUUUGCUGGCUCGGAGUGAAAAACUAAACUUUAAUCGAUAUCUGCGGACGAUUUGCUGGUAAAAGGGUCUGAAAGGAAGGGGGAAAAGGGUCAAAGUAUCCUACUUUUGGAUCAAACUACGUAAGAGGAAGGAUUGCUGCUCCGAACUGGUCAGUGAAAGAAAGAAAGAACGAUUGCAAUGAGAUUCAACAAACAGGAGCUGAUCACUUUGGCCACACAACCCAGCAACAAAUUUGACAAGGAGGGACGGCUGUAUGUGACCGAGAAGCAGGAGGGGUUCUUCCGGAAGACUGAAGGCGACGAGAACGUUUCUAGUGCCAACGCCGGCGGCGGUAAGCCUCCUCAUCAGCCCAAGCGCAACAAGUCCCUGAGUUGCAUUGGUGGGACAGCGAAAGUAAGUCUCGAAAAGUGGUGCCGGCUGCGCGGCAAUCUGCUGUUCUACUUCAAAUCGGCGGACCAGUUUUCCGAACCCCAGGGAUGCAUCGUGCUGGAAAAGUAUCGCUGCGUUAGGCACGGCGACCUGCGCGAGUACGACGGCUUCGUGUUCUAUCUGGAGUUUGAGGACGGGCUGCGGCAACGGUUCGCCACCAACACCGACCAGGAGCGGCUCGAGUGGAUGCAGGCGAUCGGGCUGGCCGGGUACGACGUGAAGCGGGCCCAGCUCAAGUACCUGCGGGAGCAAAUCGACAAGAAGCGCGGCAUGAUUCACGACGUGGACGUGGACAUGCUGAGGCUGCAAACCGGCAAGGAGAUAGCGCUCAACGAGGUCCCGCUAUGCGAGUCGGCCAUCUCCUGUGACAACCUGCUGUGCGAUGGCAACGGCAAACCGCCCAACCCGUCGGUCGUGGUCCAGGUAACGUCGACCAAUCGGGGCGCCUCGACGCGAGGCUGGGUCAAGUACGGCCGCACCGAGGUCAUCGAGCGCAGUUCAAACCCGCAGUUUGUGUGCACGAUUACGUUCCGCGCCGGGGAUGGCCUCAACGCCGCUUCCCAGAUUCGCUUUACGGCGUACGAUGUUCGAGAGAAGGUCACCCAGACGGCGGUCCCGAUUGGGUGUGCGGAGGUUACUCUUGGGGCCAUGCUGGAGACGCCCCGGUUGAGGAUCCCGCUGAAGACGCAGAACCAUCAGGCUGGGGCUGGAUUUAUUACGAUUGCCAGCUGUGUGCCGGAUACGGACCGGAAGACGCUGCAGCGGUCGCCGGCCAAGGUCGGAGGAGGGUUGGAGCAGCAGCACCAGCAAACCAUAGGUCAUCGCCGGUCGCAGUCGUUGCCGCCGAAGCUGGGCGUGAAGCUGUUUGUGCCGCCACCGUCCAAGGUGGCGCUCGUGUUUACGAAGCCGAGCAUUCAUACCUACCGACUUCACUCUGGCUUGGGCGGAGACAUAAGCGUCCAGGAGAUCAUGCUGGAGAGUCAACUGUGUUAUAUCAUCCCACAGCAGUUGCUCUCCAUCUGGAUCUCGCGCGAGAAAGAACUCCUCCAGGAAAUCUCCGGCAUGGGCGAACUGGGCGGCGAGUGGCGCCAGCGCCAAAUGGAACUCCUCGACAAACAUCUCAAGCUGCUCAAGGACUACUCCCAGGCCAAGCAGUUUCUCGCCCAGCAGCAGCAGCACGGCAAGACGUUCAAGGCAAGCUGCAAAAAGGGCGACGAAACGCUGGAGUUCGCUCCGGUAAAUCUGCACCUGCAGCGUAUGUGGGCCCACAACGAUACGCUGAAGCGGGCGGGGAUCCUGGACGUGACCACUGUGGGGGCUUUUACGCGCCAUUCGGGCAAGUCCAAGACCGGAGGGUUGGUUAAGCUGCUGCAGCAGAUUAAGGACGCGGCGGCGAAAGAUAAUGGGAACAGCGAAAAGGUGGCCGCGGCCAACGAUGCCGUGCAGGCCAUCAAGCAGUUGCGGCGGGAAAUUGUUGAAGUCAUGUCCCAGCUGCUGUUCCUGGCCAAAUCCAAGAAUCCCAAGGGGAUGCUUCCACUGUGCAACGAAAUGAUGACCAAAACGCGAUCUUUACUCAACAUCUGGGAACCCGCCCUAGUGGAGGAGGCCUUUGCGUUCAUCGAACGGCACCGAAUCAUCGAUGAGCAGCAAGCACUGCCGGUGGACGGAGCCGGAACUUCCGUUCCGAUGUCCCCUUUUAAGAAAAUUACCCAGCAACUGGGAGCGCUGGACCUAAAGAGUCCCGAGUUGGAAGACUUUGCCACUCCGAUGGGACCGGCUCCGGAUCUGUGGCCCCAGGUCCGGACCAGCAAAUCCGGCGUGCUGGGCGCAUUCGGAUCCAGCACAAAGAGCAAAUCGCCUUCUUCCGUGGACAUCAGCACGAUCGCGACCAUCCAGAGCACGUUCAACCAGAUGAGCAACAGCAAGUCCAAGGAAUAUCUCAUGUCCUGCUCACUUCCGGCCGCUUGCUACCUUCCGACGGAGCAGCCGAAGGAGUCUAAAGCGAAAAAGUCAACUCCGACGGAGGUUACCCCCUCUGGAGAUCUCAAGUUCAGCGAAACGCACUUUGACGUCAACGGGGAAGUCACGUCGUCGACUCCGGUGGAAAUGACGCCCGGAUCUUCCGCGAAAAGUCCGGAAGUGGAAAAGGCAGAAGAGGCCAUCCCGGAACCGUCCCGCUCGUCGCUCUCCGACAAGCAACUGCUGGAGAACAAGUCGGAACUGCUGUCGAACGUGUACGACGAGAAAGGUUACCUGAUUGAGAACACCGCGAUCGUGCUGGGUCACAACGGGGCGUUCCUGGACACCAAGGUGAUGAGUUCGAGCCCGUCGGCAAACUACUACCGGCCGACGGAGGAACCGGAACCGCUGGAUCUGACCCAGCUGAACAUCGAGGCCAGCGUGAUGUGUUUGGUGAGCAAGGUCAAGUUCUUGUGCGGACGGUGCGGAAGUCCGGCGGUGCGGUUGAGGACGCCGAAGGGAGGGUCCGUCAAGCGGACCCCUUUCGGGGUUGUUCCGCCGGAUGUGGUCACCAGCCAGCCCAUGUCGUUGCCCUGUGGGGAGGAGCUGGAAGAGGGUGGGGAGGGCUGCGCUGCCGCGAAUCUCUGCAAUACAUUGCCUAAGGAUCUGCUUCCGGGACCGUCUGGGAAACCUCCACUUUGUAGCAAGGAUCUGAACUUGGCGUUGACGCAAGCGGUCGGGGAAGUUACGCGGAAGGUCAAGAAGGGUAACAAGUUCACCGACGGGUUGGAUCUUUCAUUGACGACGGACUGGGCGCUGGAGUUGAGGCCGUCGAUGAAGAAGCUGCGGCAAGCGAUGGAUGGACUGUUGAAGACUGCGCGGUUGAUGCACUCGGUUCAGCGAUUGCAACAAGAUAUGAAGAAGACUUCAACGGUGCUGGCCGUCAACUACCGACGGGAUGUCUGCUUCUCGCAGGCUUUGACGGCGCUGGUUUCAGCGCUUAUGGCCAAGCUGUGGGGUCAGAACGUUACCGAGAACUACAUUAGCUUGCUGUGCAACCUUGGACAGUUGGCAUUCUUCGAAGGCUUGUUAUCGCUGUACGGUAGUGAAACCGACAUGUGGGGUGACAUGAGCGUAGCGAUCCAAGAUCUUGCGACGGUGACCUUCACUCUGGUUCGUAGCAACAUUCAGCGAGACUCGAAAGCUACUCCUAUUCCACGAGUCAGCGGAACUCGACAAAACCUGACCGUCCUCCUCCCCAUUCCGGAAUCCGUAUUCUGUCAUCUUCCAACCAAGGACACCGUCAGCUUUAAAGUCACUCCAGUCUUCUUCAACAUCGGCAUCAACGAGAAAGCAACGCUGGCGGAAACGCUCGGCUACACCAAGGAACAGCACCGCUCCAACUGGGACAACUACGACCGACUGAAGCAAUACCACAUCAAGUACAAAAAAGUCCCCUUCAACUUCGUGAACCCGUCCUGCUCGGCCGCCCUCGACACCCCUACCAAGACCGGCGUCAUCACAACCCAGCAAAAGGAGGUCCUCGUUCCGGAACACGCAGUCGUGGGUCUACUGCACGAGAUGGAGGACCAACUUCGCGCCAACAGCUCCAAAAAUUAUCGCAUCCUAACGCUUGCCGAGGACGUAACGCGCUCGAUGCAUGGCCUCCGCUUUACGUCGUGUAAAAGCGCCAAGGAUCGAACGUCGAUGGCGGUUACGCUGGAGCAGUGCCGGGUGCUGCAGCAGGAGUUCCACCUGUCGGCGAACAUCGCCCAGAGCGUGCUGGAUACGAUGAGGAGCGAGGGAACCCGCUCUGACAACACGAUGAAGAACAUUGGGCUGCGCAAGUACGCGUUCAACCUGCCGCAGGUCCUUUCGCUUCCGCAGGUGUACAGACCGCCGGCUGGAGCGUACGGGAAGGCGCAGUCGUAAGCAUUCGCGAGGAUUUCAUCAGCCAAAUUGAGGUUAUUUUGUGUCAGCUGAGGGAAGUUACGGGAUUUGUUGUGUAUGUGUUUGUAUAAAUAUUUGUUUACGUGAGUUAGAGCAGCAGAUUUUAUUUAUUGAAUCGCAAAGGCAGGAAAGAGGCGCAAACUUGAGUAAGAUUCGAAUUAUUUGUUGUUGUUGGUAAUAUUUAUUAAACUCCUCUGUAGUUAAGUAACAACCCAAAAUACUCUUGAUUCACUUCUAAACAAGGAGAUUUUACAGUCCUCUUAAAUAAAUCGUCUCGAAUGUUUACAAAAUGUGAGACAACCUCUACAGUUAAGCCAAAAAAUACGAAUCAAAAAUUGAAAUUUAAAUCACUAAAUCGGCAUACAUAAUCAAUUACAAAAAAAAAAAGUUGAACAACACAUCAAACAUUAAUCAACCGAUAGACUUUAGCCCGGAAGCGGGAGUAGCUAGAAUUUGUUCAAUUGUAUUAAUCACACACACACACUGACAGAGUCGGAUAAGGCGAGCGACCCCUUUUAAAUUGUUCGCGAAAGCAAAAUGUGCCAAAUUGUUUCCCGGUUCGCAGUGACGUACUUUUAUAGGGAUAGUAAUUUUCUUCAAGAAGUAAAAACAAAACAACUUAAUUAGGUUUCAAGCGUUCUUUGACGGCACAAAAUCUCGUAAUUUUUUGACAAGCGAUUAUCGGUACGGUUUUUGGAUACGCAAGUUUAGAUUGUUUUUAACCUAACUUACUGAAAAGUCAAACAAAACGAAUAACAAUACUAACGAUUUGCCGUUCAGGCUAACUAAUAACGGAAGUGUACUCAAGUCAACUUAAUUACAGGUGUAACGUUAAUAACAAA